UUAAUUAAAAACGUCAGAAACACAAAAUCACACUAUUUGUUCGAUUGUCAUGUGUUGUGUGUUAUAUGAAGUGUGCAUUGCGCAUACAUCUCAGUUUUAUCUUUGCGGCCGUGAUGUCUUAUUAUCUCUAUAAACAUGUCAAUAUGCACAGGUGAUAGAUAAUAGAAAUGUUUGUCUAUUACAUAAAAUUAUGUUUGUCCCGCAACUUGCUUUUGGUUAGGAAUGAAACGUAAAUAUGUAAUUACAACUGCUUACGUAGGUUUGCGCAAACAGUCCACUAUCUCUGACAAAAGACUUGUGACGCUGAAAUAUGCCAAAUAUUCAGUAUAGUAAAAUUGGCGUAAUAAUAAUUUUAUGAUUUGCCUGCCGAGUCUGGUGCUGGCAUACGGCGUUUUGUGGCUGCACCUGACCAGUCUUGACGUGCCCGCAUGGCUCGGUCUCUUCACACCCACCAUCUAUCUGCUCACCUUCGGACUAACACAAUGUUGGUUUCGUGAGGCGGCUGACUCGUGGGGCGGGUCUAUGGGGUACCGAGCGAUGGCCGCAGUCGGCAUCAUGGUGACAGUGGCUAGCCUGGUUGCCUGCGCAUUUGUACCCCUGUACUUACAGCCAUUCAUAUACGGUGUUUUUGGUGGUCUGGGAUCGUCAUUAAUAUCCGCUCAAGUUGACGCAGUGAUAUUCGAAACUUACGACAGCCGGCUCGCAAUAAUAAGAGGCAUAUGCAACACGGGACAAGCAGUCGGACAAUCUCUGUUCCCCCACAUUAUAUCAGUUCUAAUAAAUUACUACGGUUACUCUUUUUCAUUCAUCGUUCUCGGUGGAAUAAUAUUGCAAGUGCUGCCGGCUGUCCUUUUUCUUAAAAUCGACGAAAGCGUCAGAAGAUCCGGUGUAUGCUCCAGAUAUUCAGACUUUUAUAAGAAUUAUACAGGCUUUCAAAAUGACGGUGCAGACAACUACUAUACUGCCGAAUUGCAAUUAACUGAUUUAAGUAAAAAAUGUUGGAAGAGUCCAUCCGAUGAUAAUUUACACCGAGAAGACGAGGAGGUUGCGGAAGAUGAAGUAGCUGGAACGAUAACACCACCGCCGAGCCCCGAGGAGAGGAGAAGAAACAUUUUCGGCGUAGACAUAUUGCCGGAUAUACCGGAGGAAAGCGAGGAGAGCGAUGACGAAGUCGAACAAGCUUCCACUGUCAAAGAAGCGUCAAACAAUCAGCGACGAUUUAGCCUUGCAAUCAAAAGACUGAGCACACUAGGUGACAAUUUAGAUGAAUACAUUACGAAACAAAUUAGAAGAGAUUCAAAAGAAGAUUUAAACAACUUUAAUAAUAAAGAACAUUUGGAAAUUGAAGUAACUUAUGACAACAUAUCACCAAUGACGGAGAUACAUAGAGAAAAGAUUUUAAAUUCGUUUUCCUUUCGAUAUCAGUCGACGGUUACAAAUAUAAAGAGAAGGUUCUGGAUACCGUCGUACAGAGUUUACAGAGUUAAACGCAGAUUGUUAUAUUUCAUGUAUAAUAUUAACGAUACGUUUAUAAAACCUUUGACGAGAUCGCUAUCAUGUUGGAGAUUUUAUCCAGCCUUAUUGCUUACUUUUGUAAAGCUGUGUUUAACUGCUGUGUUUUUAUCUUUAAUACCGAUGAUAGCGCAGCAGGUUAGACCAAAAAUAGGGAUGUUUGAGACAAACUUUCUCCUGUCCUUGCACGGAUUCACAUGGAUAUGUUUUCUAUUGAGCACACCGUGGUUAGCGCAGACCCCGAAAAGAAAUUUUAAGUACGUUGCUGUGUUUGGAUUAAUUACAUCGACUAUAGCAUGUUUUGUUUUUGCACAAACCAACAAUCACGAUUCUUUCGCCAUUGGCUGCGUGAUAUCCGGACUGGGGUAUGGGGCUGUUACCUCGUGCUGCGAAACAGCGGUCCAAGAUUUCGUUGGUGCAAGAAAAUGGCCCAAGUUUCACAGCACGCUUGAAACACUUUCCGCGACAUUAUUAACUCUAUUCGUAGCCGGUUUGUCAUUUAUUAUAGGUCAGGAGCAUGGAUAUCAAUACUCUAUGUUUUUAAUAGGUAUUAUACUAAGUGCUGUCACUAUUUUAUGGUUAGUCUUGGCUGUUAUAGCUCUUUACGAAAGUAAGCUUAAAUAUUUAAGACUAAAUUGGCGAUGUUUAUAUUGAAUACGGUUAUAAAAAAUAUCUAUAUAAAUAUGGUGAAUUUCUUUGUAUAUAACAUGU